GGAUUUGGAGAGAGUGCAGUGCAACCAAAAGUCAAACAUGGAAAUUCAUCAUCAUCAUUUGCUCUUCUACCUUGUGGCCUUGGCCUAUUUUUUUGCUUGCAUUGAAGGUCUCAACCGGAGUGAUUUUCCGGCUGGUUUUGUGUUUGGAGCAGGGUCAAGUGCUUACCAGGAUGAAGGGGCAGCAUACCAAGAUGGCAAAGGGUCUAGCAUAUGGGAUACUUUCACUGCGAUACAUCCAGAAAAAAUUUUGGACCAUAGUUCAGGGAAUGUAGCUCAAGAUUUUUAUCAUCGUUUCAAGGAGGAUAUAGCUCUGAUGAAAGAAAUUGGCUUAGACUCCUUUAGAUUCUCCAUCUCUUGGUCCAGAGUACUUCCUAAGGGAAAACUUAGCGGGGGAGUGAACCAACAAGGUGUCAAAUUCUACAAUGAACUCAUUAAUGAGCUCCUAUAUAAUGGUAUACAACCCUUGGUUACUUUAUUCCAUUGGGAUACUCCACAAGCACUUGAAGAUGAAUACAAUGGAUUCUUGAGCACCAACAUUGUGAAUGACUUUUACCACUAUGCGGACUUCUGCUUCAAAGAAUUUGGUGAUAGAGUGAAGAAUUGGACAACUUUUAAUGAGCCAAAUACGUUUAGCAGUGAAGGUUAUGCGACCGGUAACACUGCACCUGGUCGAUGCUCUAGCUAUGUAGGAAAUUGCACCUUUGGGAACUCAGGAACAGAGCCUUAUGUGGUAGCUCAUCACAUCAUUCUUUCUCAUGCAACUGCUGUAAAAUUGUAUAGGGAGAACUAUCAGGCUUCUCAAAUGGGGGAGAUUGGUAUUACAGUAUCAACCUAUUGGAUGGUGCCCAAGUACCAAACAAUUUCUAGCAGCAACGCUGCCUCUAGAGCUCUUGAUUUUGCAUUUGGAUGGUUUGUUAAUCCAAUUACAUAUGGUGACUACCCUGAGUCCAUGCGAGCUUUGGUGGGGAAUCGACUACCCAACUUCACUAAAGCACAAUCCAAAAUGGUAAAAGAGUCUCUAGAUUUCCUUGGAGUAAAUUACUACACUGCAAGAUAUGCAGAUGAUUCCACAUCCUCUAGUAGCGUCAAUCUAAGUUACUCAACAGAUAGCCAUGUAGAUUUGACUACGGACAAAGAUGGAAUUCCAAUUGGUGAACCGACUCCUUCUGGCUGGCUUUACAUCUAUCCAAAAGGAAUUCAAGAACUUCUGCUAUAUGUAAAGAAAAAUUUCAACAAUCCACCUAUAAUAAUUACAGAAAACGGAUUUAGUGAUGUAAAUAAUAACUCGUUGCCAAUUCAAGAUGCUCUCAAUGAUAGCUUGAGGUUAAAAUACCACCAACUCCAUCUAUCAAGUCUCAUAAAAGUUAUCAAGGCUGGAAUCAACGUUAAAGGAUACUAUGUCUGGUCAUUUCUUGAUGACUUUGAAUGGGAAUUUGGCUAUACAUAUCGGCUUGGCAUCAAUUAUGUAGAUUACAAAAAUGGGUUAACUAGAUAUAUGAAAAACACUGCUUUAUGGUUCAGAGAUUUUCUUCAAAAGGAAAACGUCACUACAGGGCCUCCAUUGUUGUACUCUGAUCAGUGAUGAAAUUUAAAGUGAGUGAUUCACUAUGUGUGUCGUAAUUGUAAUAAAUAUGAACUUGUAGCUUCCAUUUUUCAUACCAAGAUAAUAGUGAUGGUCUUGUAGAAGUGAUGAUCAAAUAGCUUUAAUUUGGUACACUGAUAAAUACCAAACGUUUGAUCAGAUUUGUUUAGAAUUACUAGUAUUUUUUUAA